AGUUCGCUCUCGUUCGUGCUCACGAUCACUUGACUUUUUUGCUGUCUUUUGUGCUAUCAAUCGGUCUCAAAGUGCGAUCGUGCUUGUUUUUUUUCGUAUCGGUGCGUUUUUUUUUAUUUUGAAAAAGUGCGUGCUUUCUUAUCAUCAAAGAACUCCUUCGGCCUUAUCAACAGUGAUUUCCUUGAAGGAUUUUAUGCUCUAAGUUUGUCAAUUUUUGGUGCUAUUGUGACUGAAGAUCACUCAAAGAUCACUUGAGGAUCACCUGCGAUCAAUCGCGAUCAAUCUGAAGGAAUGCACUACGAAUCACUGUGAUCAAUUUGAACGUCCAAUUGAUAUCUCAGAAGACUGGAUAUGCUUGGUAGAGGGCAAUCUACUGUUGAGGAUUAGCAGUUUAUGUCUAAUUGAACUCAUUUCUAUUCCAAUUUGCCAAUUUGUCAGCAAUUAGAUCAUCUGGAAGAGAUUGUUCCAAAAAUUGACAGUGCUAAUUCAUUAUCACGAGUGACUCUGUGAUUAACGUGUGGGACCAAGAAGAUAGCCAGGUGCUCUAGAAAGAGCGCUAAGAGGUCCAUGUGUCAAAUGGCACCGCUUCCAUACUUUGCUACACUUUAACUAACCAAUUAGAGCUUGAAGGUGCAAGAAAGUUAAUCAAAUUCCACGGAUUUUCGAGAUACAGACACCCAGAGAAAAAAAAGCCUUACUGUGAUAGUGGAAUAGUGACUAAAGUGACCUAAGUGAACGAUGGCAUAUUAGCUAUUGGAAUCACGUUCGAGUGACUUCUCAUUGUUAUUUCGUGUCCAUCCCUCCAGAUUAUUGUGACAGCAUCAAAAUUGAGGACUUAUACAAGAUGAACCAAACGUGCAAAGUGUGUGGAGAACCCGCAGCAGGAUUCCACUUUGGCGCUUUCACGUGCGAAGGAUGCAAGUCCUUCUUCGGGCGGUCGUACAACAACCUAUCCUCGAUCUCUGAGUGCAAGAACAACGGAGAGUGUGUGAUCAACAAAAAGAAUCGAACAGCCUGCAAAGCAUGUCGCUUAAGGAAGUGCCUACUUGUGGGAAUGUCCAAGAGUGGUUCACGCUACGGCCGUAGGUCCAAUUGGUUCAAGAUCCAUUGCCUGCUGCAGGAGCAGCAACAAGCAGCCGCAGCGGCUCAUGGCAACAGAAAGACACCUCCACCUGGACUGGCAAUGCUAGGUCAUCCAGCAGCCUAUCCUCCAGGAUAUCCACUGCAAAGGCCUCCCUGCACAAAAGAAGAGUUAAUGCUACUUGGCAUCGAAGACUACAGCAAACACCCAUCCGCCUCGCCGUCUGUUAGUUCGCCGGACAGUCAUAACUCAGACAGUAGUGUUGAGGUCGGUGACAGACGAAAUUCCCUGCUGCGCAAAGUGCCUGAUCACCAACCUCCACUAAGCAAGGAGCAGCUAUUCCUGCCGCUACCUUUUGCCGGGCUCACAUCUCUGCCCAUGAUGCCACCGCCCGGAUUCCUGCCUCAGUCGCCACUCCUCUUUCCUGGCUACCAUCCAGCCCUCUACCCGCCUCACCAGGGACUCCUGAAGCCCGCCGAGCAACAGCUACUCAGCCAACAGGCUGCUGCUGCCGCCGCGGCGGCUGCCAACAACAACAGCCGUUUCACACCAAACCACAACAGCAAAACCGCCGAGGAGCUCACAAAACGCUUCUACCUGGACGCUGUGCUCAAGUCCCAACUCUCGCCCAGUAAUGGUGCCACGAAAAGUGAUGCUGAUGAAGAGGAUGUUGAUGCUGAAGAUGUAGUAGCUCUUACGCCACCACGAUCACCUUCAGCCGCCAGAGAAGCCACCAUCCAGGAAAAUCCCAUCGACCUCAGUAUGAAGACGGGCAGCAGCACAACCUCAGCAGCCGAUAGACGAGCAUCUAGCGAAGUCAGCGACAUCGGAUCAGAAAAUGAAGAUGCAGCUGCGUCUGAAAAGCGACUAGCCAAUGGCAGUGAUCUCGAUGAGGAAACAGAGUACGAACGCGAGGUCAAGAGGAUGAAGACACAGGGUACUACUCCACUCGAUCUCACCACGAAAGUCUAGCCGGUGACAAGAACUGACGUCAGUACAACGACUUUCUCACCUUCAAAGAAAUUCACUGAACAUUGUACGAUGGAUUGGUAGUUAAAGAAAGGUUUGCCCGCUAAGAUAUUUCUCACUUAACGAAUAUUUAAGGUCUGUUGAAAAACCGUUAAUUUAAAUUCGAAUUUAUAAUUCCCAGUGAGCACCGAAUGCUAACCGAUUUCAAUUGCUGACGUUAAAAUUACACUCACAAGGCAGUGCCAUUUCCAUAUAUUUGGUUAGCACUUUUUGUUCGAGAACUGCUAACCGGUUAGCAUAUUUUUGCAAAUCGAUUUAGCAAAACUAUGCUGAAAAUGCUGCCUUUUUUAGCAAACUCUGCUCGUUGGGUUAUUCAUAUACAAGUUUUCGAAUUACGAACAAGAAGUAGUGAACCGUAGACUGGGUUAACAAUUGUCGAAUAGGUCAUACGCUCUACGCACCAGUGUCCUCUCCAGUAUUUCCAGAAUUUACAUAGGAUCAAGGGAUACCUGUGAUUGUGGAGUGAUCCAAACCAUCCUCCACUUGUGUAUUUGUCCGUUGUCCCCUGCCUCAUGCAAAAUAGAGGAUUUGAUGAUAGCAAGUCCGUUUGUCAUUGACGUGGCCCGUUUUUAGGCAAGACAAACUUAAUUUUAGGCAGGGGCUUGACGUUUCCUAUAUGUUUCUAGCGUGCUGAAAAAACUUUGGAGUUUAUUCGGUGUUUUCUGUCAUUGUGGAAUGAAUUAGCAAAAAAUACAAAUACAAAAUAAAAGCCAAUUUAAUAUGGAAUGGGCAUCCGAAAACCCCAAAUUGACAACCUACGUAGUUUCGGAGAUAUCUCGUGAAAUGUGUACGAAAACAGGAAAAAAAUUACACUAAAACUGGUCGCAUUUUUCAGAGCUAAUGUCACCACCCUGAUUUUAGGCUUCGACAUUUUAGGGAACGUAUAUUGGUAAUUUCGUCAAAAUAUUAAAACCUAUUUAAUGUAUCUACCUUUCUACAAGGAUAAUAUCCAAGGGUGCCAAUAGGUGUUCUUUCGACCCUAUCACUUCUGAACCUCAUUAUCCUCAAAAAUCUAUUCUAAUCCAAAUUGAUACUAAAAAUUCUCCAUAGAGAUUAUAAGAUGAUAGUGCUUGGAAUAGUAUGAGAGAAUCUGUCUCAGAGAUCUCCACCCAUUUCCGAUCGCGAGACGCUCUAAUUGCAGGAAGACGAUGGUGGAUAAUCACAGAGUGACUCUAUGUCACUGAUUGGACCCAAAAUGCGUUGGAUGCUGCACUGAGAAAAAGGGCAGCACUUUGAAUGAUGGAUCCAAAAAAAAAAAUUGAGUCAGCAUGAACCAAAUGCUCAGUGUGUUCAAGUAGAGAUGUAGAACCUAAAGAAGAGGCCACAGCUAUAAAAAAAAAGCAGAACUAUAGCUGAAUGAUUGACGUGUGCAACACCAACGCAUUAUUCCUCAAGUUCUUCCUUCCCUUUUGGGCACAACACUUGGAUCAAAAAUAUGAGUCAUCUAAUUAUAUCACGUCUGACUUGGAAACAAGUUGCGCGCGAACAUCACUCGUGAAAUUGAGUGAAAAGAUGAUUGCUGAUGAAUCGUGGGAUGAAUGCACUGGAGUAAAUUACAUUGUGCCACUCCUGUGGUAGGCUAAAUCAUCAAAUGCAAUCCCUAGCAUCUUUGCAAUUUGGUGACUCUCAUUCACAUCCCGUGAUCGGCUUUUUUAUCGCACCCACCACUGGCUAUUUGCAUACCAGACACAUUGAGGCCUUCGUAUCCAUUGACUGAGGCUCACCCUAAUGAGCACUACGUCAAGUGGAGGCUGAGAUGUCUCUCCAUGAGGAAAUUCGCGCGGGAAAAACUACAUUUCAAAGGCUCUGCAUGCUCUGCUCUUGAGACUUCCAUUGAUGAAGAGUAAGUGAUGGAAUAUUUCAGUCAAUAUUUAAUCACUGACUUAAUCUUCAAGAGAGAGAGAAAUCACUAAAUACGAAAUAUUAUUGAUAAACAUUUUUAAUAGUCAAUCUCUCCAUUAUCAUCCAAUUAACAAAUUUUUAUUUUGAGAUUUUAUAAUACUUCAACUCUAAACACUAGAGAUGAGCUCUGUGAGAAAAUAAAUCACUAAGUGUGUAAAACUUUCUUUUCAUCGCUGUGUUAGCGAAGGAGGCUUUAUCGUCGCUUCCAUCAGCUAGUGUCGUAUACGUAUUUUGGCGAUUUACUGAUUUUAAUUUAAUAGAAAUCCGACUGAUUUCUUUACUAUCCAUACUUUCAAAAGCUACAUUUAUUAGAUUUUGAUAUUGUUAAUUGUUUCAUCAAUAAACAUUGCAAUCAACAAUCGUUCUUUUCGUUUAAACUUUAAUGUAAGGGGGAUUCCAACCGAGACACUUAAC